AUGUCGAGACGACCACCGCGCGGCGAGUAUAUUGAGACGGACACGGGCAACAAGGUGGCUCGCAAAGCGACACUCGUCGGCACCCAGAACAUCAUUCUCGGCGGCAAGACAGUCAUCCAGCCCGAAGUCAUGAUCCGCGGCGACCUCGUGCGAUCCGUGCAGUCGGCGUCGGCGGCGUCGUCGUCGGGCGCCUCCGCUAACAACACGGCCGUCUCGAUUGGGCGCUACUGCUUCCUCAGCCGAGCCAGCUGUCUGCGCCCUUCGGGCCGCUUCUACAAGGGUGCCUUCACCUACAUGCCCCUGCGCAUGGGCGACCACGUCUUCGUCGGCCACGGCUCUGUCGUCCAGGCCGCCUCGGUCGGCAGCCACGUCCACAUCGGCGCCCGCGUCGUCGUCGGCGAGCUCGCCAUCAUCAAGGACUACGUGCGCGUCCUCGACGACUCCAUCAUCCCCCCCAACAUGGUCAUACCCAGCUUCAGCAUUGUCGCCGGCCAGCCUGCGCGUGUCAUUGGCGAAGUCCCCGAGGGCGGCCACGAGGCCUUUGAGCUCAGAGACCUAUACAAGACGGUCGGCAACAACCCACACCCCGUUCCCACAUGA